AGAAACAUGAGGAAGCAGAGCGCGUCGAGCCGCAGCGUCUCCGCCUGAGUCAACAAGUCGCGUUUGUUUUGUUGUUUGUUUGUUUGUUUGUUUUUCAUUUAUUUUUGCCACCAGUACCAGUCGGACCUGCAUGGCCCCAUCAUCGCCUGCCAUGUCAGCUUUGAGCGCCGCUGUGAAAUCUGAAGAGCUGCCCCCGCAGCCCCGCUCGGCUCUGGCCAGCAGGGACAUGCAGAGCAGCCUGAGCCCCGCGGAGGACGCCGGGAAGCCCAAAGUCUCCAUCCUGCCCUUCAGCGUCGAGGCUCUGAUGGCGGACAGGAAGCCCAGCAGAGAGGCUCCAUCUCCGGACGGCGCGGCCGGGACGUCCCAUGACGCGCUGGGGAAGUGCGCGCGGAUGGGUUCCUUCGCGGUUCUGGAUACUUCUCUGCCCGUGAGCUCCGCGUUCUCAGUGGGAGACAUCAUGAACUUGUCCGAGGAUGUGCUGGUUAAACCCGAGAGCCCGGACGGCAAAGAGAGGACGCCGUGGAUCCAGAGUGCACGUUUUUCUCCCACUCCUCCAAGACGCCUGAGUCCUCCUGCCUGUCCUCUGCGCAAGCACAAGACGAACAGAAAGCCCCGGACCCCCUUCACCACGUCCCAGCUGCUCGCCUUGGAGAGGAAGUUCCGCCAGAAGCAGUACCUCUCCAUCGCCGAGCGCGCGGAGUUCUCCAGCUCCCUGAACCUGACGGAGACCCAGGUCAAGAUCUGGUUCCAGAACCGGAGGGCCAAAGCCAAGCGUCUGCAGGAGGCAGAGCUGGAAAAACUGAAAAUGGCAGCCAAGCCGAUGCUGCCCCCGGCCUUCGGGAUUUCCUUCCCUCUCGGUGCGCACGUCCCCGCGUCCUACGCGGGCUCGCACCCGUUCCAGAGGCACUCACUGCCGGUGUCUCCCGUGGGACUGUACGCGGCGCACGUGGGAUACAGUAUGUACCACCUGGCUUGACUUAACAGGGGUCAGGACUUGU